AUGGUUGAGGUAUCGAUUACACAAGCAUUUCCUCAUGUAAUUUCAUUCAUCAAUGAAUUGGAUCAAGAUAUUGAGAUUACUGUGAAUUAUGAAUGGUUGCCUAUUCUUUGUGAGCAUUGUAAGGGUAUGGGUCAUAAGGCAUCUAUAUGCAAGAAGAAGAGGUCAAUCACUGGUCCAGCACAACAGACUUGGGUGCCAAAGACAUCAGUAGACGGUAUGUGGGCAAAGGGGAAGAAGCAAGUGGUGGCAGCAGAUGGUUUUCAAAAAGUUGUUAAAGGGAAAAAAGUGCAAGCAUCAGUGAGAAAUAUCUCAGAGGUGAAUAAUUCUUUUGGGAUGCUGGAUUCCAGGUUCGACAUGGAUCAGGAACAGAGGCAGAAUAUUGAUGAGGGGGAGAUCCCUCUAUCUCUAAUGGAUAGAAUUCUAUGUUGGAAUGUAAGAGGGAUUAAUAACCAUCAAAAGCAUGCUGAGAUCAAGAAAUUGAUCAACUCCAAGAAGAUUGGUUUAGUUAGUCUCUUAGAAACAAAGGUGAAGAAUAAAAAUAUAGGAGUUAUUUACAAUAGAAUAUAUUCUGGUUGGUGCUUUAUGAAUAAUAAUCCUUGGGUAGAUAAAGGAAGAAUAAUGGUGGCUUGGAAUCCUUGUAUGUAUAUUAUAGAUAUCAGGGUUUGUACCAGCCAAUUAAUUCAUUGUAUGGCUCAAUCUCCACAUCUGAAUGAAAGGUUUUAUAUUACAUUUGUCUAUGGUUUCAAUGAUGAAGUUGGAAGGGAAAUGUUAUGGCAAGAGCUUACUAGAUUGGCCAGUAACAUUGAUGAGGCUUGGAUGAUUUUGGGGGACUUUAAUGAGAUUCUUCACUCUAAUGAAAGGGUAGGGAAGAAGGCUAAUAAGAAACCAUAUGAAAGUUUGAGAGAUUGUUUGUUGCAUUGCCAGAUGGACGACCCUAAGUACUCAAGGUGUUUUUAUACUUGGAACAACAAGCAGCAGGCGAAAGAUAAAGUAUGUUCCAAAAUUGAUAGAGCUGUGGUGAACCUGAAAUGGACAUAUGCAUUCUUGAAUUCUGAGGUUGUUUUUCUCCCAGAAGGUGCAUUUGAUCAUAGCCCGAUCCUUGUAUCAUUUUACUAG